AUAAGUUCAAAAAACACUGGUCAGGUUAGAGUGCAAAAUGUGGACGUGUGCAACUCUGCAUUCAAUUUUUUGCAGCUAGUUUACAACCAAAUAAUAAUAAUAAUAAUAAUAUUUACUUUUUGGUCUUAAAACUGCAUCUAAAGGGUUGUUGGGUUGGUUUCUAAUCUGCUCGCUACUAUGACUACUUCAAAGCGCCUAGCGGACAGGAAAAUAGCAAGGUUUGAAAGGAAUAUUAGCAAGAAAGGAUCAGAAAGCUCUAAGAAGGGAUAUGCCUAUCCUGUGGGCCCCAUCGUGCUUGGGUUCUUCGUCUUUGUUGUCGUUGGAUCAUCUCUGUUUCAGAUCAUUAGGACGGCUACAAGUCGUGGAAUGGCCUAAGGCAGAAGGAAUGUUUGUCAAGUGUUGUAUAUAUAUAUAUAUAUAUAUCAAACAAGUAGAUGUCUUGAAAACAUAAUAAUUCACUUUAGAUCAGCAAUGUGUUGAUAAAGAGUGAAAUGAGAACUUAACUUUGCUUAAUAAACGAAUAUUUCAUUUCUUA